AUGGCGUCACUGGUGCCAGAUUAUAACCAGUUUGAGAUAAUAGAGGAUGACAGGAGUGCACUGACACAGCACAUCCACCACACAUCUGCAGCCCCUGUCUCCCCCGCCCACAUCUACCUGUAUGUUCCUGUGGUCACUGAAGAGAUGGCUCUUUGCUGGCCUGAGAUCAGUCUCCCGGUGACAAACGCACUGAAGAGCACGAUGAGGACCUCAGGGCUGCUGUUUGUUGUUGGGCUGUGUUUGCUGGAUGUCACGUCGUCCCUCAAAAUCUGUGCUUUUAAUAUUCAGAGCUUUGGAGAAUCCAAGGCAAACAACAAGAAGGUUAUGGGGAUUCUGCUAAAGAUUCUUUCUCGGUGUGACUUGUGUCUCAUUCAGGAGGUCCGAGACUCUAAAGGAGAAGUAAUACAAGCUUUGGUUAAGGAUCUUAACAGGUUUGACAAAUCCAACCCCUACUCUUACGUGGAAAGCGAAAGGCUCGGGAGGAAGACCUAUAAGGAGCAGUAUGUCUACAUUUACAGGAGUGUGCUGAAGGUCAAAGAGCAUUAUGAGUACCCUAAACUCGAAGGAAAGGGGAUGAAUGAAACUGAUGUUUUCUCCAGAGGGCCCUUCAUCGUCCACUUUCACUCUCCUACUACAUUGGUGAAGGAUUUUGUCCUGAUAGGGCAGCACACCAGUCCGAAAACGGCCAUGAAGGAGAUCGAUGAACUGUACGCCAUCUUUAAAAGGAUUUACAAGAAGUGGAAGACAGAUAAUGUGAUCAUUUUAGGUGACCUGAAUGCCGGGUGCAGCUACAUCACCGCCAAAGGAUGGAGAGUCAUGCGCUUGAGGAGUGACCCCAAAUUUCACUGGCUAAUCGGAGACGAGCAAGACACCACCGUCAGGGAGAAGACGCACUGUGCCUACGACAGGAUCAUCGUGCACGGACGGGAGGUUGUUUCCAGUGUAGUCCCAGCUUCAGCUCAGCCCUUCAACUUUAAAGAGCAUUUCCAUCUAACUGAGGCAGAGGCUCUUGAGGUCAGCGACCAUUUUCCUGUAGAAGUUGACCUGAAGACCAACCACCGCUACUUCCUCCGCCAUGAGCUGUAAACCAAUCACUAAUGUUUUUGCAGUUU